GCACUCACAGCGGCAGAGAUUGAAGGCUUACUCUCAGAGCUACACAAUGAACGUCAUCCGGAGACCGCUUGUAGAUGAGUUUGCAGCCGUAAGUGAUGGAUGCUCAGAAGUACUUAAUGGAUGUGGCAAAGCAAGAACUGGAACUCUAAGUGAAACGACUUUGCUUUCCUUAAUGAAAAAGACUGGCUAUCACAUAGUACAAGAAAAUGGUCAACGUAAAUUUGGCGGUCCUCCUCCAGGCUGGGAAGGCCCUCCUCCUCCACGUGGCUGUGAGGUUUUUGUGGGAAAAAUUCCCCGUGAUAUGUGUGAAGAGGAUUUGAUCCCUGUUUUUGAGCAAGCUGGAAAAAUCUAUGAAUUUAGACUGAUGAUGGAAUUCAGUGGUGAGAACAGAGGGUAUGCUUUUGUCAUGUACACAAACAAAGAUGAAGCCUUGCUAGCUAUUAGGAUGCUAAAUAAUUAUGAAAUUCGUCCUGGCAAAUUUAUUGGAGUCUGUGUGAGUUUGGACAACUGCAGGUUAUUUAUUGGAGCAAUACCAAAGGAAAAGAAAAAAGAAGACAUUUUUGAUGAAAUGAGGAAAGUAACUGGAGGAGUUGUUGAUGUUAUUGUCUAUCCAAGUGCAACAGACAAAACUAAAAACAGAGGCUUUGCUUUUGUGGAAUAUGAAUCACACAGAGCAGCAGCAAUGGCAAGAAGGAAACUAAUUCCAGGGACAUUUCAGUUGUGGGGCCAUACAAUUCAGGUUGACUGGGCAGAUCCAGAAAAAGAAGUGGAUGAAGAAACAAUGCAAAGGGUAAAAGUGUUAUAUGUGAGGAAUUUAAUGAUCUCCACAUCAGAAGAAACCAUUAAAGCUGAGUUCAACAAAUUCAAACCUGGAGCUGUUGAACGAGUAAAGAAAUUAAGAGAUUAUGCUUUUGUACAUUUUUUUUCCCGGGAUGAUGCUAUUGUUGCGAUGUCAAUAAUGAACGGAAAAUGUAUUGAUGGUGCAAUCAUUGAGGUCACAUUGGCAAAACCGGUAAAUAAAGAAAUAGCUUGGAAACAACAGCUAAAUGGCCAAAUGAGUCCCCAUUCUGAAAGUUUGGCUACUAAUAUAAAUAAAGAUGAUGGGCCUCAAAAAUCACUUGGAAGAUGUUCAUCUCUUCAAACAAUCAUUAACUGCCAGCGCAAUCCAUCCUCUCCAGAGCCUGAGAGAUCCACAUAUCCGUUACUUCCGGGAACAAAACUUACUCCAGUUAAUAUAUACUCUUUAAAAUCAAAUCAUUUUCAGUCUGCUGUAAUGCAUUUAGAGUAUUAUUGCAACAAAAAUAACUGGUCUCCUCCAGAAUAUUAUUUGUUUUCAACAAACAGUCAAGAAGGGAAACUCCUCUUGGUUUUCAAAAUUGUCAUUCCAGCUAUAGUAAAUAACGGUCAGCGUUACUUCAUGCCAGACAAACUCUGUACAGUAUUAGAAGAUGCAAAGGAGCUGGCUGCACAUUUUACAUUAUUGCAUUUAGACUACAAUUCCCAUCAUAGUCCAGUGAAUACCAUGCCAUCGAUUUCAUCAGGAACGCCGAAUCUACUUCCUUACACAUCUAGAUCAUAUUCUUAUCAAAGUCACUCAUUAUUGCCUGCAGUCCCUCUAACCAAUGGAAGCCGUGUGGAACCACGACUUUAUCUUUCAAAUCAAGGUUCUUAUUAUUAA